AUGUCUGGUCGUCUCGGGGCAGAGCCCCGCGUCAACUCGCGCUACCUCUCCGAACACCGCGGACAGACUGUCCGCCUCGUGGCCAAAGUCACCCGCCUUGUGGGCGAAACGGCGACGAUCGAGGCGUCUGACGGUGGCGAGGUUGCGGUGCACAUCCCGCGCGACAUGCACCUCACCGAGGGCGCAUUCUAUGAAAUCAUCGGCAGUGUCAAGGAAGACCUCACCGUCCGCGCCCUCACCUCGUUCGCCCUUAGCGGCAACAUUGACAUGAAGGCCGUCAACGCCGUCGUUGAGUUCGGGCACUCCUCCGCCGGUGCCGGUGUCCUUGACGCGCGUCCCUAG